UGUGAGUCAGUGAUCAGAGCGCGAGCGAGCGACUGAGCGACCGAGCGGAAUAGCGGCGACGAGCAUGGCGUCGACGACGGUCUGAGAUCAGCAGAGCGAGCAACACCCAGCCAGCCACAAACCAAACGUCACGAUGUCGGGGGUGGUGUCGAAAAUGUGGGACGACGCCCUGCUCAAGUACAACGUGCCCCGCGAGACGGUGGGCCGCGCCGUGGCCGUGGCCGCCGUGGCCGCCUACGCGGCCAAGUUGUCGGUGCCGCGCGUGCGGCGCUGGCUGCAGAGCGGCGACGAAAACGGCCAGCCCGGUGCCGACAACAACAACCUGCCGCCCAUCAAGAAGCGCAGGAGCCAGGUCGACAUCAAGCGGCUGCACCGCGUCAACAAGGAGUUCCUCCUCCAGUUGGAGAAAUUGCUUCGGGUGAUGAUACCGGGCGUGUGGAGCAAGGAAAGCGCUUUGCUGGGGGUGCACACCCUUUCUCUGGCGGCUAGAACCUUCCUCUCCAUUUAUGUUGCCGCGCUUGAAGGACACAUCGUCAAACAUAUCGUCCGACGCGACGCCAGAAGCUUCAUGCUCAUGCUUCUCAGGUGGUUCGCCGUGGCCAUACCUGCCACCUUCAUCAACAGCGCCAUCAGGUUCCUCGAGUGCAAACUGGCGCUUGCCUUCCGAUCUCGCCUCGUCGACCACGCAUACGGACUUUACUUCAAUGACCAGACGUACUACCGCGUGUCUAACCUGGACGGCCGCGUGGAGAACGCCGACCACUGUCUGACCGACGACAUCAGCGCCUUCACCUCCUCGGUGGCGCAUCUCUACUCGCAUAUCACCAAACCCCUGUUCGACUGCGCCCUUGUCACCGUCGCCCUCGCCCAGUCCACGCACCAGAUGGGCGCCAACGUUGUUCAAGGUCCGUUGUUGGCGUGCGCGGUGAUCACGGUGACCGGCCACAUCCUGAAGGCCGUGUCUCCGCACUUUGGCCAGCUGGUGUCCGAGGAGGCCAACAGAAAAGGCUACCUGCGCGCCAUCCACUCGAGGGUGAUCGCCAAUGCCGAGGAAAUCGCCUUCUACAACGGACAAAAGGUGGAACUGAACCACCUGCGCCGGGCGUACAAGUCGCUCGUCUUCCAGAUGAACAAAAUCUUCCGGCAGCGUCUGUGGUAUGUGAUGCUCGAACAGUUCCUCAUGAAGUACGUUUGGAGCGGCACCGGCCUCGUCAUGGUUUCGCUGCCGAUCCUCACAGGCGCACGUCAAGCCGGCACCGGCCAUGGCUCAAGUUCGAGCAGCGACAGCGUGAGCCAAAGGACUCAGUACUUCACCACGGCCAAGAAUCUGCUUGUGUCUGGCGGUGACGCAGUUGAACGACUCAUGUCCUCCUACAAGGAAAUAGUGGAGUUGGCUGGAUACACGGCACGCGUGGCCGAAAUGCUGCAGGUGUUCGAGGAGGUGAGCCGCGGCGAGUACCAAAGGACGGCAGUGACCAACUCGAAGGGCGUCAACACGCAGAGCUGCCUGGUGCAAUUCAACUCGGAAGGCCAGCCGCUGAUCAAGGGCCGCAUCAUCGAGAGCAAGGACGGCAGCAUUCGGCUCGAGGAGGUGCCCAUUGUCACGCCCAACUGCGACAUCGUGGUCAGCAGCCUGUCCAUCGCCGUCGAGCCCGGCACCCACCUGCUCAUCACGGGCCCCAACGGCUGCGGAAAGUCCUCCUUGCUUCGCAUCCUCAGCGGCCUCUGGCCCAUCUACGCAGGAAAACUGAUUCGGCCCGCCGUGUGCUCCAUGUUCUACAUCCCGCAGCGGCCGUACAUGACGCUGGGCAACCUGCGCGACCAGGUCAUCUAUCCUGACACGGUGCAGGAGAUGGCAGCCAAAGGAAUUGCGGACACCGACCUGGAGAACAUCCUGGCCGUGGUGCGUCUGCGACACAUUGUCACCCGCGAGGGAGGCUGGGACGUGGAAGCCGACUGGAAGGACGUGCUCUCCGGCGGCGAGAAACAGCGAAUGGGCAUGGCCAGGCUUUUCUACCACAAGCCGCAAUUUGCCCUACUGGACGAGUGCACCAGCGCCGUCAGCUUGGACGUCGAAGGUGCCAUGUACCAAGCAGCCAAAGACGCAGGAAUAACCCUGCUCACCAUCACCCACAGACCAUCACUAUGGAAAUUCCACUCGCACAUCCUUCAAUUCGACGGCGAGGGCGGCUGGAAGUUUGGUCCGCUGGAGCUGCACGAGUCGAGCCCGUCGCCGGCUCCUGUGUCAGAAACGCCGAGGAUCAUGCCCUACAGCAAAAAGGAGGUUCUCGAGACAGCCGGCAGCAAAAAUGUGCCUUCCGUGAACGGGGGAGUGACCGAGUUGGCUUCCUCAGCCUGAACUCCUCCCUCGGCGCUUCAGCCUUGUUCAAGCCAAUCAAGUCUCUCUGUGAUCUACGAGGGUCUCAAAAGUCUAUUCAUUGUACCUUUCAUACUUUGAAACGCGCCUUUGACAGUAAUAAGAAAAGUACAGAAACCAAACAUGUGGGAUUUAUAUAUAGAGUUACGCAAGAGUAAACUAGUUCAACGCCUGUCAAUCAGAUGACUGUGUGCAAUGUUAUUUAUCAGCAUGUGCCUAUGGGUAGACAAAUUUUGUAUUUUCUUAAUAUUUAUAUACGCGCUGCAGGAAGUGAUUUCAGUGAUAAUGUGACAACACACAAGUUCUAUUUGAAUAAAAAUAUUUAGAAAAUUAA